CAACACACCAUAACGCCACUACGCCAAUCAAAUUCAAGCGCAAUCGCGCUAUGACUCGUGAAUUUUGUUAGUUCAAAGCAAGUUAACUUUUGGUCCACUCAAGUGACUUAUAAGCCGAUCGUAUYCGUUUACAAACAGUCUUCAAGGGUACAAGUUUUAGGGACCUAACGUGGUUAAUAUUUGAUGUAACGAGAUCAAAGCAUGGAAAAGCAUCGGAAUUGCGUUUGAUCGUCUCCAUGGAUAGUAUGGUUUAGUUUGCACGCUGGUAACAUCGUGAACAGCUCGCCAAGAAAACACUUUGUUGACAACUUAUUGUGCCUUCRUUCUAGAGGACUGGUUGUGUGUAUAAUGCAGAUAUGAAUACAGAAUCUGGGAGAUAGUUCUUGCUUAUUACGGACAUGCAAGGGUGCUUACAUCUGUGGAUAUUGCUGAUAUAUGGUAUUAUUAUACCACCUGCAUAUCCAGAUCCCUCAGCACCAAAGUUCAAAGCUGGACUCAAACGCAAGUUUGAAGUACAAGAAUCAAAGUCUGUAAGAUUGCGAUGUUCUGCGACUGGAGACCCUAAACCUAAAAUAUCAUGGACUAAAGAUGGCGGCAUGCCCAAGUCUUCGCGGUAUAAAGUCAGAAAGAAUGGUUCCCUACGAAUACGGAAUACUGUCUUUAGCGAUUCUGGUCGUUAUACUUGUAAUGUUUCUAACGCUUUUGGAACCAUCAACAAAGUCAUAGAGUUGACUAUUAAAGCAAAACCAUUUUAUGUGAAUGACAUGGGCUCGGGUAGAGUUUUUGGCAUCAUYUCACGACCSUUGGAUCUCAACUGCAAAGCGUCUGGUACACCACCUUUAAGAUAUGAAUGGUUUAGAAAUGACAAGAGAAUCAGAAAUAGAAUUCAAUGGAAGUUACAUUUUACUAAUCUAACCUACGAAGAUUCCAGCAAGUAUAAGUGCAAAGUGACAAAUACCCAUGGAUCGGUUAGCCAUACGUUCAGCCUUCGUGUUGUGGACUCGGCCAAUCAGACUACAACCACAUCAACCCCGACAACUAAACGAGACAUGAAUUUACUACAGUUCGUCGACUGGCCCAAAAUGCAGAGAAGUUUCAUCGCUUGGCCAGCGUCACAUUCYAUUCGCCUGCGUUGUCAAGCAACAGGAGCAAAGCCAAUCAAAUACCGCUGGCUYAAAGAUGGCAAAAAGAUGAAACCAAGACGAUUAGACCCUUAYAUGAAUGAYACUUUAUGGUAUUUUAAAUUGAAAGAUCUUGUGCCAAGCGAUAAUGGAAAAUACACCUGYAUUGUAUCGAACAAGUAUGGGUCUAUCAACCACACCUACACCCUCCACGUUGUUGCAAAGCCCCGAUCACCACCAAUUUUACAACCAAACCUUCCCAGAAACACCAGCGUYCAACUAGGAAAACAUGCAGUGAUGCGGUGCAUCGUUGUGGUCAGCGGAACUCUACCUGACUUYAGAUGGCUUAAAUGGCAUAAAAUUCCAAAGUCRUACAAAARAGUGAAUCUCAGCCAWCACGAUAAGUCAUUGGCUACUCUGAUUAGCCCUAUUCAUUACAAGACAAUUAAGGCCGGAGAACAUUUUGGCGUGAAGUUGACUGUUGCUAAUGUGACGAAAAAGGAUUUGGGAAUGUACACUUGCUGUGCCAGCAAUCAUAUUGGCAUGAGGUGUAACAGUGCAUUUUUGAUUGAAAAGGUUAUACCAACAACGAAGCCAGAUCAUAUAGCAGCGUCAAGAACAAACCCACCAAUACCAUUUGCCAACGUCACGGAUCCCAGACAAAUUACCAUCCAAAAACCACCMAAACCAUCGACCUURAAUAUAAARUUGAUCGCGAUUCUUGCGAGUAUGGUAUCCCUACUGGUCGUUAUWUUAGUGACAGCCUCKAUUAUAAGAUGUCGCAUCAAAGCUGGKAAAAACAAUAACAAAGGCAACAAACCCUCGGAGAUYCAUCUCCCCGAUGUGCCUUUUCUACCYCCGUCGUCAACACUAAUAUCGGAGCCUAACACACCGACACACUCCGAGUUGUCUAGYAGGAUGUUUCAGUUUCCUAUCGUACGAUCUAGAAUUAAUUCCUCUAGYUCAGGCAACUCUGCGACACCGUUGAUACGUASAAAUGGGAGUUAYAGAUCGAGGUUCUCAUCAGGAGUUUCAUCAGCGCGUUUGGAUUCUAAUAUUACAGAAGAUUAUUACGAAUUACCGCUGGACGAAGAGUGGGAAAUCGACCGAAGUCAAAUAACUAUCAAAGAACAACUGGGUGAAGGCGCUUUUGGACUUGUGAUGAAAGCAGAGGCUGUUGGGAUACAAGAUCAUCCGAGUGUAUGUACUGUCGCGGUGAAAAUGCUCAAAGCCGAUGCAACAGAGAAUGAAUUGGCAGAUCUCCUGUCUGAAAUGGAUACAAUGAAAACSAUAGGAAGACACAAUAACAUCAUCAACUUGUUAGGAGCUUGCACACAAAAUGGUCCCCUGUUCGUCAUUGUCGAAUUUGCUCCUUAUGGCAACCUAAGACAGUUUCUCAGAGAAAGAAGACCGUCUGAGUAYCACAGAUCACAGUCUGAUUACUCGAACUCAUCAGURCAGCCAUCUUUAACUAUCAGAGAUUUCAUCUCGUUUUGUUUUCAAGUGUCGAGAGGAAUGGAGUAUUUGUCUGCUAAGAAGUGUAUUCAUAGGGAUUUAGCAGCCAGGAACAUCUUGGUAGGCGAAGACUACGUCAUGAAGAUUGCAGACUUUGGCCUGGCAAGGAACAUACGGGACAUUGAUUAUUACAGAAAAGCUACAGAUGGACGUUUACCUAUUAAAUGGCUCGCCAUUGAGGCUCUGUUYGACCGAGURUACACAACGCAAAGCGAUAUCUGGGCGUUUGGAAUUCUAUUAUGGGAAAUCUUUACGUUAGGUGGUUCUCCAUACCCUGGGAUCCCUGUGGAAAAACUCUUCAAUCUMCUUAAGUCAGGGUAUCGGAUGCAGAUGCCUCAGAACUGCCCUGUUGAGCUUUAUGACAUCAUGUUAAAAUGUUGGUGUGAGGAUCCAAAUCAACGACCAACAUUCACCGAGCUGAAAGACGAGUUUGAUAAGAUGCUGUCGUCCAUGUCAGACAAGGACUACUUGGAGAUCCUAGCCAAAUCGAUCGACGAUAUUGCAAAUGAAAUGGAAACAACKAUCACAGACGAGUCCAGUUGCGGCACCCAUCAAGAAGCCGAAUGCGAAACGUUUGCAGAGUCAGUUUGCUAGAAGAUAUACCAUAUUGAAUACCACCGUGGACACGMUWAUCGUCGCCGCAAUAAUAUUUGCGUUGCUAWKRYACAUGCCGCAACUAUGGUGAUAUCUGUUACUAUGGCUCCGACGUUACUAUGGCUACAACUCGUUACUGUGGUAAUGUAAAUUACUUGGGUCCUGGCGUUACUAUGGUGAUAUCAACGUUGCUMUUGCGUCUUUCGUUACUAUGGAAACAUCAAGGUUACUAUGGCAUAUGUCGUUACUAUGGUAAAGUUUGCAAUCAUCAACUACAAAGAGCAUCAAGACAAGGAGUCRAUGCUCCCAUGGGAUAUGUUAACUGAACCAUCAUGGGUCACAKAGACAGAAAAUAUGAAAAUAGUAUCAAAGGUAUUCUGGAUGGAAGCACCCAGGUUGAUGGUAUGAUUUAAGCCACGAAAUCUAAAGAAUUGGAAUGGCAUUAACAGUUGAUUUUUGAUAAUCAGAAGAAAGUACAAUGGAUCAGAGAAAAAGUGCUCUCUGUCACAAAAAUGGAACGAYAAUUUGAUUGGAAUUAUUAGUCACAUCAUCAAAAACAAUGGAUUAUGAUUGAUAUUUUGAGUAAUUCAAUUAAGGAACAGCAGAAUUGUGAUCUACCAACGAAAAAACAAUGAACACAUUGAAUUGAAGAGCUGAAAGACGUCAGUGAGAAAGCUUCUCGAACAAUUGAUCGCUCGAGUGUCCAUUGAGGGGUCGGAGAAAACCUUCUCGAAGGAGUGAUCACAAUAAUGUCUUUCUAAAAUGCUGGCUGGUUAUUACAAGAAAAAGGUUCUCGAAUACUGACUUGAUCGUCAUGAGUGUGGGAAACCCCGAUUAGUUUUUCUUAGGAAAACAUUCUCGACACUUGAUCAGAAAACGGACAAUAACCCAUUAUUGAAAGGAAACAUAAGCAGAGAACGUAAUAUAUACACAUAAGGCUCUUUGUGCYACGCUAUUUUAAUGAGCACGCCUAGAGCACUGAAACAGUUCAUCAUUUAAACGAUGCAUGUACAGUGAAUUGAUCGAAUUUUACGGAAUUUCACAUUACUUCGUGUAAGAAGCUGCAAUGUAUAGCAACAAAUAUUUGAAUGUGAAAUGCAUGGAAUUUUCCAAACGGUUAGAAAUUAACUUAAAGAGGAUGUCUUUGUGGAAGACUUUCAUUUAGAACUGUUGGCGACUUGUAGUCGCGAAUCCUAGAUAGUUAAAAUUUAACUUUCAAUAUCUUGAAAAGAGAUAAUUSCUGUCCAAAAAGUCAUCCUCUAAGGCGGUCUAGUUCACACAGUUAUUGGAGUGAAAAGCCUAGAUUAACCUAGCCUGCGUUGUCAGUGGUGUGCGGUUUAGYCCAGGGUGAAAAGAAACCGCAGACCGCAAGCAACGAAUGCUCAUAUUCAGCCAAUGAUUACCAGAUUGAGAAACCUACGGGAAGAAGUCCGUGUGAGAUGUAAAUUAUAUUCUAGUAGAGCGUUGUAAAUAUUUUCGAAAACUUCUGUUGUACUAUAUAUAUUAAAUAGGCACGGCCCUCAAUCACGUGAUUUGUGUAAGUUGAUCACGUGAUUUGGCAAUGCAACGCUAUGCAAUUGUACAGAAUUAUAUUAGAAUCAAAKAAUGAGGAAUAAAAAAAACAAGUAUUUUUA